UAGUAUAGAUAUUAGUUUUCAAUAACGUAAACAAUCCCCAUGUCAAAUGAUAGCAAACAAGCCAAAACUUGUCCACUCAGCCGAAGCUAGAAACGAGAUCAGAGGAAAUUGAGGCUUCAGUAACUUGGGCGGCUGCCUGGCCGGCUGGGACGACCGAGGAAGGUGAAAUGGCGGUCGCUGAGCUCGGGAAAUGUUGGAUGCACCGCAGUCUGCCUUUGUUCACGGUUUUGGUAGGGUGUAUUGCUGGUGCACUUUUACUAUCUGGAUUUUUCUUGGAUUGUUUUUUGUAUUCCACUGGGUAAAGAGGAUAAUUGUACAGUGCUCUCUCUACAAAGCUGAUCAGCCAUCCCUCCAAAGAUAUGAAUAAGAGAAACUGAAGAAUGACCCUCAUUAAGUGCCCAUUUUAAACCUCAUGGUCAUAGUGGUGUUACAAUGCGUCAUCUAACAAAGUCAACAACUUUGUUUCCUCAGAGAGUGCAUUCUGCAUAUUCACUCAGCAAGAAAUAUGAAAGUAGUGGUGAAUUCUGCAAAUCUAAAAGUGAGUUGUUGAUAAAAAGUGACAAUGAAACCUGCCAGGUCCCACAAGCACUAAAAAAAGAAAGGCAGUUGUCCGUAAAGUCGUCUGUAACAAUGCCCAGUAACCCUUGUGUUAAGAAAUCACCAUCUGGUGGUUCCAAGUCCUCCCCCAAAAAACAGAAGAUACUCCCCGUGAAUUCACUCAAGUGUUUUCUUUGUAAUAAGAUAAUCAAAACUGAAAAUUUAUCCGAACAUUUACUGUUUGGAGGUGUAUAUUGCCUUAAAUGCCCAGUGGUUUUUAAAAAGUGUCAGUCCUUCCAGGUAUGGACAGUGCAACAAAAACAAGGACAUAACCCCUGUGAGCAUGUAUUGCAGUAUUCUGAGGAUCCCAUGGAAAGUCUGGAACUGCAUCUCUCCAAUCAGUAUUUAGAAAAUGGCACUUCUUGCAGAGCAUCACUCAUAGAUAAACCUCAUCACCUAAGAGCUUACGUUAAUGGGAUGAAUUCGAUGAGAAACGAGUUUCCCUGGAAAGAGGCAGUUUCGUGCUUCCAGCAGGGCGGCAGGAAGACGAAAGCAAGAAAAGGCGCUGCUCCCAAGGAGCAGAGUGGUGAUAAACAUUCCAUUCACACUACCAGUGAUGAUGUUUCAGUUAACUCGAAUGAGCUGCCAAAAGAUCAUUCGCAGGAUAUCAACAAUGUUCCAGUUGUGCCCGAUACAGUGAAAGCUGACGACCAAGUGCACAUUUCAGUGAACAGCGAGUUAGGGAGCUUCACGCCGACCAGUGACGAACAAGAUCAGUGUGUGCCAUCAGUGACUCCUUCUCAGUCACCUAAUAAAAACUCUCCCAACAAGAAUUCAUGUACGGACGCAGGACUACAAAACAGGAAGAAAAAACAGGAUGUUAGGAAGAGAAAAAGGUCAGAGUGGAUAUCUGGAAUUAAAAAGAGAACUCAUUCCUCAAAAAGUAAUAAUUCAAGUGUCAGUUACGUUGAGACCCCAAUGAAUGGAUUUUACUAUGUAGUGCGCCACGCUGUUUCAGAAUGCCCGAACUGUUACGCAAAGAUAAGUCCUCCAGAAUUCACUGUGAAUAUUGUGACCUUUUUAAUGACUGCAGUUUGCGCUGACUGCAGUCUAACGAUCUACAUCGUCCACGAUCCUCCCGAUGACUCUUCUCCCAGAGUUUGCAUCGUGACGGACGAGGAGAAGAGAGCUGGUGCUCGCAAGAAGACUACUACCAGUCAGAGGGGUCUUAAAAAGGCAACGAUUGUCGAGUCAUAAUGUAGGUUUUAUGGCGUCUUUGCAAAGAACUUAUUUAUAAACGUUUGUAAAAAUAAAAAAAAAGGAAAAAACAAGCUCAAAUAUGUUACGUGAUAUAUAGUAAGUCUGAAUGUUUUAAAGGGCAUCUGUACACUGCAGGACAUACUUUAAUGUUUGGAUCACCUGCAGGUAUUUCGGCUUUUUCUCUAGUCCUGGUUUUUU